AUGUUCCAAUCACUGAAGGACCGCUCCUCGUUUGGAGGCUACAUACGAUUCGCUCUCCGCAUCUUGCAAUUCAUCCUCGCCAUCACUGUCAUUGGGCUCUAUGGCUACGAUCUGGAUAAUGCACGAAAGGCGCGUGUUGCUGCCGACCCCAAAUGGACCUUUGCAGUCGUUGUGGGCGCACUGUCCGCCCUCUCGGUCUUCAUCUACCUUUUCAAAUUUUCAUUACGCUUCUUCUGGGACGCUAUCAUGCUUAUCCUCUGGGCAAUAGUAUUCGGCAUUUUUGGAAAGCUUUUCAUCAACUUCCAUCCCACUCCUAGACAGGGUGGUCAAAUCAGAAUGAAGAACGCAGUCUGGAUCGACUUGGCGAACAUGAUCCUCUGGUUCAUCACCUUCGUCUGGAACCUGAUACUGCACUUCACCCGCAUGGACAAAAUGACCCUGCACACCGGAAGAGCAACAGUCUAG